AUGAAAAUAAUUUCAAAAGCAAUUAAAGAUGCAAUAACGAAUCAUUCCGUAGCAAUUAAAGGAACUGCAACAAAAUGCAUUUCAGCUCAAAAAUUAAAUCAUAUAAAACAGCAAUAUAAACCAUCAGAUUUUAAACCAACAUUUAAAAAUAUUAAUUUGUGGGGUAAAGCAAAAUGGAAAGCACCAAAAGUUAGCAGAAGGAAAUUAGCUGAUAUGAGAAAAAAUUGUGAGUAUUUAGGAAUUGAUCCUAAUAGUAUUGGAUUGCCACCUAAACCUGAAAAGAAACCUCCUAGAAAUAAACCUCGUAAAGGUGCUAAACAUGAAAGGAAUGCUCCUGAGAGAAAAGCAAAGAUCGCAAAAGCUUUAGAAGAAAUGCCGCAAACUAUCGCAGCUUGGAGAUUGGUAUGUGUAUAA